UUUGGGGGCUCUCUAUUGAUGGAUUCGGAGGACGACAUGCACGAUGGGAACGACGCCGAGUCGACGGACGACGACUACAACAGCGGCGACACGGCGGUGAAGUACAGCGAGGACGACAAGGAUGGUGACGACGAUGGGCAUUACGAGUUCGAAAACGACUCAGACGAUGCAAGCCUCCGCCAACAGAAUUAUAUUGGCUUGAAAGAAGCGGAUAUACGCCAGCAUCAAGAGGAUGAAAUUACAACAGUUUCAACAGUCCUUUCCGUAUCGAGAGCAGAUGCGACCAUUCUACUCCGUUACCAUCGUUGGAGUGUGAGUAACGUGCACGAGGUAUGGUUUGCGGAUGAAGUUGGAGUCCGUAAGGCCGUCGGCUUGUUGGAAAGUCCAGUCGUCCGAUUUCCAAAUGCUAAAGAACUGACUUGUGGAAUUUGUUUCGAAUCCUCUCCUCUUGAUGGGAUCAGUUCGGCUGCGUGCGCUCAUCCUUUCUGUGACGAAUGCUGGAGAGGUUACAUGAGCACAUCCAUCAAUGGUGGCCCUGGAUGUUUGAUGUUGAGAUGCCCUGAGCCAUCUUGCGGUGCGGCUAUCGGCCAGGAUAUGAUCAAUCGGUUGGUAUCCGAGAAAGAUAAGGAGAGAUAUGCUCGAUACCUUCUUCGUUCUUAUAUCGAAGAUAAUCCGAAGAACAAGUGGUGUCCUGGCCCGGGCUGUGAGUAUGCUGUUGAAUUUGUUGUUGGCAGUGAAAACUACGAUGUUUCCUGCCUAUGCUCCUAUAGCUUUUGUUGGAAUUGUGCAGAAGAAGCUCAUCGUCCUGUGGACUGUGGCACUGUGGCCAAGUGGAUUAUGAAAAACAGCGCGGAAUCGGAAAACACGAAUUGGAUUCUAGCUUAUACCAAGCCUUGUCCGAAGUGUAAGAGACCGAUUGAGAAAAACCACGGUUGUAUGCACAUGAAAUGCGCACUCCCUUGCGGGUUUUAUUUCUGCUGGCUAUGCCUUGGUGCAUUGUCGGAUCAUGGUGAGUGUAACCGGUAUAAGGCAACUAAUGAAACUGAGAGAACGAAGGCCAAGAAGUCCAUAAAGAGAUACGCUCAUUAUUAUGAACGGUGGGCUACCAAUCACUCGUCGAGGCAAAAAGCCCUUGCGAGUUUACAUCAAAUGCAAACUGUGAAUCUCAAGAAGCUUAGUGUCAAACAAUCUCAACCUGAAUCGCAACUCAAGUUCAUCACAGAAGCCUGGCUGCAGAUAGUUGAAUGCCGGCGAGUGUUGAAAUGGACCUAUGCCUAUGGAUACUAUCUACCUGAGCCUGAACAUGCGAAGAGGCAAUUUUUUGAAUAUUUGCAAGGCGAUGCCGAGGCUGGUUUAGAAAGGCUUCAUCAAUGCGCUGAGACGGAUAUACAAGCUUACCUUGGUCCUCAACCGCCUCCAACUAAUUUUAAUCAUUUCCGCACAAAAUUGGCUCGACUGACUAGUGUCACUCGGAAUUACUUUGAGAACUUGGUUAGAGCAUUAGAGAAUGGUCUAUCGGAUGUGGAUUCCCAGGGGGCUAGUAGCAAGACAGCAACCCCGAAAAGUGGGGUGGCUGUCGGAAAGGCUAAAAGAGGAAGAGGAAAGGCUUCGUCCCGAGCAGGCAGGCCAAGCAGAAGUUCGGACGAUCAUGGCUCUUGGACAUGCGAUCAGUGCACUUAUUUCAACACCAGAUCUUUGCCCACAUGUGAGAUGUGCCACCAGCCCAGACGUAAUGCAAGGGGCUUGAAGAGAGCUAGAAAUGGAUGAAAAGAUGAUUUAUUAGAAACAGAGAUCUAAGGUUAGGCUUAUGGGGGCCAAGGCCCCAGCCCAGCG